AUGGCCAAGAAGCCAACCAUUCCAUUCAUACACCCACUGCAUGUUGAAUAUCCAUCUUUUCAGCACCACAAUCCACUGGAUAAGUUCACUCAAGAUCAUAGCAUGAUUGUCUGGUCCUGCGGGAAUUAUCAUCUAUAUAGCCUCCAGGGUUAUGCAGUUCAAGAUUGGCGAGAGAUUGUGACAUACUUUUCAUACCCGAUCAAGGCGCGUGACUAUUCUCGGUGGCCGGACAAGCCGGAGGGAUGGAGAUCGGUGACGGAGGCUUACAGCGAAGAGUUGAUGAAUUUGGCCUGCAAAUUACUGGAGGUUUUAUCAGAAGCAAUGGAUCUUGAAAAGGAAGCACUCGCCAGAGCUUGUGUUGAUAUGGAUCAGAAGGUGGUUGUCAAUUUCUAUCCCAAAUGUCCACAACCGGAUCUCGCACUCGGACUCAAGCGGCAUACGGAUCCGGGUACCAUUACUGUACUGCACCAGGACCAGGUUGGCGGGCUUCAAGCCACCAGGGAUGGUGGCAACACAUGGAUUACUGUCCAGCCUGUGGAAGGAGCUUUUGUGGUUAAUCUUGGUGACCAUGGCCAUUACCUAAGCAAUGGGAGGUUUAAGAACGCAGAUCACCAGGCCGUAGUGAACUCUAAUUACAGCAGAUUGUCAAUUGCAACUUUCCAAAAUCCAGCACCAGAGGCCAUAGUUUACCCACUCAAGAUGAGCAAGGAUCUUGAGCUGGCCAGGCUAAAAAAAUUGGCUAAGGAGAAACAGUUGCAGGAAGAGGAGCUGAAGCAGGAAACUAAUGUGAAACCCAAAUCUUUUGAAGAAAUUUUUGCUUGA